UCAACAAAAACAGACACUGAAAGUGUAGACAGUCGCAGGAAUGAGCAAUUACUCAGCAAACCAGUAUGACAGCGCCUUCAAACCGCAGAGGCUGCAGAACUGGUGCGAGACGAAGCACUUAAAAGAGAGACCCACAACACGUGAAGGUCACACCAAUUUCAUUGCCAAUGACAGAGGACAUUUGCUUCCAGGAGUGGUAAAGAAGGGCAGUGCAUGGCCAGACUUUAAGGGGACCUGGGAUCUACCUGCUCGGAUUCCGGCACACCGCAUCAACCCCACAGGCCGCUCCAUGGCGGGUCUCAGCAGGCUGAGGUCCUGGGGCUUUGACCCACAGCACACUGACAGAUCUCAGCCACAGAGAGGCACCAAAAGCGUAGAGAUUCUGCAGGACGCAGGCGAGCAGGCCCAGUCAGAGGAAGUAUCCAGCCAAGAAGAACCACCUUCAUCCAGACAGAAAGACGAGCAGCAAGACCAGUCUUCAUGAAAUCCUCAGUGGAGGAAAAAAAACAAAAAUAAAUGCCUUUUAUCUGUACCAGUUUGGACUAAUUUAGGAUGGCUGACUGCUACUCAUGAGUCAUGAAUGCUCAACAUACACACAGUCACCAGGAAAAAGUGUGAUAAGCUUCUCUUAAAAUGUCUUGUUCUUGCAGAUGUUUGCCCAAAAUGAUAACUGUCUUUAU